GAGUGCAGAAAAGCGUAGAAGAAGAGUGGCACCAAAACGCUAUGGCGGCUGACAGUUUGUAAUGAGCCAGCGAAAGCAUCACAGACUCCCGCAAGUUUAAAAGAUCUCCCUUAUACCUUGUCUGUGGAUAAUAACCACCGCCAAAAUGCUGAUCACUUUGAAAACUUUACAACAGCAGACGUUCAAAAUCGACAUCGACGAGGAGGAGACGGUGACGACAUUAAAGAAGAGGAUUGAACAAGAGAAGGGCAAGGACAAUUUUCCUGUUGCUGGACAAAAACUCAUCUAUGCUGGUCAAAUCCUCAGCGAUGACUCCAUCCUCAAAGAAUACAAAAUUGAUGAGCUUAACUUUGUGGUCGUCAUGGUGACAAAGCCUAAAAAGGCCUCCGCUCCAUCUCAGCCGUCACCAGCUGCGUCGACGGCAAGCACGGCACCCCCUCCGACGGCGUCGUCCACUUCGCACAAUCCAACAACACGACUUCCAGCGGACGGCCAAGCAGAAGCGAGGCGACCUGCUGCUGCUGCGGCUGCGGCUGCUGACCAGGCUCCUCCCGCUAUGGGUGUCUGGGAGACUUUCGGGAACCUAAUAGACGAGGCAGGUUCAACUGUUGUGACGGGCGCGUCGUACGAUGCCAUGGUGACAGAGAUGAUGCUGAUGGGCUAUGAGAGAGAGCAGGUUGUGGAGGCGCUAAGAGCCAGCUUCAACAACCCCGACCGAGCCGUGGAGUACCUGCUCUCGGGUAUCCCAGGCAGGGACCAGGUCCUGGCUAGAGGGUCUGACACCGCAUUGAGUGGAACUCCAGCCGGACCCACUGGGGAUAUAAAUGACCCAGAUAGCAUGGGUGCCUCACAGGAUACAGAUAAUCCGCUGAAUUUCUUAAGGAAUCAGCCUCAGUUCCACAUGAUGCGGCACCUGAUCCAGCAGAACGCCUCACUGCUUCCCGCUCUGCUGCAAGAGAUCGGUAGGGAAAACCCAGAGCUGCUGCAGGAGAUCAGCAACCACCAGGAACACUUCAUUCAGAUGCUAAACGAGCCUCUCCCCGAGUCGCCUGGGCCCAUGGCCGACGAUUCCGGGGGCUCAGGAGGGGUGCAGAGCAACUCGCAGAGCAGCAGCAACAUGAGCUACAUUCAGGUCACCCCGCAGGAGAAGGAAGCCAUCGAAAGGUUAAAAGCGUUGGGCUUCCCGGAGGGGCUGGUGAUACAAGCUUACUUCGCGUGCGAGAAGAAUGAGAACUUGGCUGCCAACUUCCUUUUACAGCAGAACUUUGAUGACGAUUGAGAGACGAUCUGACUUUUGCUUUUAAUUUUUGUUGUUGUUGAUUUCUUACAUUUGAUUGGCGCUAUUGAAUAUAAAUAUAUAAGCCAUUUAUUUACAUGCCUCUAACCCCCUAAAAAUGAAUUUAUUUACCACUGUGUUGAUUGUUGAUUGAUUAGUAAUCUAAUCUUUCUGCAUUUUUUCCGAAUACAGUAAUGACACUUUUUUCCAUGUAAAGGAAGAUCAAUAUGGUUUGAAAUGGCUGUAUAAUUUACACAUAACCGUCUUUUUUUUUUGUGUGUAAUUUUUGCAAACUCUAGCGUGUUAAUAAUCAUGACACCAUUUUUUUGUCGACCCCACCCCUCUCACACAUGCACACUCACACAUACACACAAACCUUAUUAGCAUGUGAACCAGCUGGAGUUAUGUGCUUUAUACACAUAUUCAUUAAUAGUCAUUUAAUCUUGAAUAAAUACCAUGUGUUCUACUGUG